CGCGGUUUAGAUUAUUUUGAAAAACAUCUAAUUACAAUAUAUAGUAGAAUUCCGCGCGGAUAACGAGAACAAGUAAUAUGGAUAAAAAUACAGAGGACAGCCCUUUAGUCCAUGUUGACACAGCCACUAUUAAAAGCACUGGUGAAAAUGAAAUUGUCAGUAAUAAUGCGAAUGUUGACAUUAAUGAAAGAUCAGAAAACCCAGAGGAGGAACUAGGAACACAUAAUGAGGAGGCAACUGAUAUUGUGGAAGUUCAGUGUGAUAAAACAAGUAUAGCAGAUCAUUGCAAUGUGACAGAAAAAGUGCCUGAAUUAUGUACUUUGGACGAAGCAACGGAAGGACAGAAAACUGCAAAGGAUAGUAAUUCUUUAGAUAACGUUGAAACGAGUAAUAGUGUAGUAAUAGAGUCUAUUAUUGAACUUCCCCCGGCAACGACGGGAAUAUGCGAUACAACACUGACGGCAGAGCCUAACAAAAAAAUAAUACCUGACAUAGUGGAAGUUAUGGAUAUAACAGAUAAAGGAACAAAUGAAGUGCAGUUAAUAGAAGACCAAUCAGCAAAAAAGUCGUCUACAGGAGAUGCAAAUACUGCUGCUCCCACUGGUCUGGGUUUGCUAUCGCAAUACGAAUCUGAUGCCGAUGAUGAUUCGAACGAUUCCGAAACGGCGUCAGUAAUUGAAGUGCCUAUUACCGUGAAUAAGAACUAUCGCUCACAAGUCGUGGAAAUCGACUCGGACUCAACUGAAACAAUUUCCUCGGAUUCUGAAUCAGAAACGGAAUACUUAACAAAAAUCUCCAAAGCCAUUGAGAAACGUAUUCAAAAUAAUGAUAACGAGGAUGAGGAUGAUGAUGAUAUUGAUGAAGACGGCGAACCGAAAAAGGGUGGUCGGCGACAACCUCCACGUGUUCGAGGUGAAAUGUUACUUGCUGACUUGCCACCUAUACAAGAUCUUCAAAUAUCAGUACCAGCAGAGGAAUGUAUAGAGCUCGGACGUGUCCAUUCUAUUGUCGAUCAAUUAUUGUUGGUGAACGCUUUGCCAAAUUCGAUUUUAUUAGAUUUGGACACAGUGCUUUUCUUAGACAAAGGAAAACGUGUACUCGGUGAAGUGUUCGAUGUUUUGGGUCAUGUGGCAGAUCCAUUGUAUUGUGUACGUUUUAAUACAAAUCAGCAUAUCCAAGAGAAGGGUAUCAAUGUAGGUGAUAUAGUUUACGUGGCACCAAAAACUGAUUAUACUCAGUAUGUUAUACUUUCGAGCCUUAUGAAAAUGCGCGGAUCUGACGCUUCCUGGGAGAAUGAUAUAGAACCACCGCCACGAUAUUUGGACUACUCGGAUGAUGAAGAGGAACGCGAAGCACGACAAAAGCUACGCAAACAUCGUCGACAGAGUAUUAAAGAAGAGGAAGAAGAUAAAGAGGAUGUUGACGAUAAGGAUAACGAUCCAAUGAAACGCACUCGAAUGAAUGCUAUCCCUGACAACAACACGGACACUCAACAACAGCGAUAUGGUCGCGCUAAUGUGGGUAAGCGUAGAGACAAUAGAAGGCAAGAGCGGUUUGCACAACAUAGUGCCUACUCGCCACGUACCUAUCAACCCCAACAUAACACCAAUAGUUGGCACUCACAUUACAAUCAAGAAUAUCAACAAAGACCGCCAGCACAUAAUUAUCGUGCACCAUACGGCGCAGGUCCAUUUCAGCAACAACGUCCAUUCUACCGAAAUCCUUCGCCACGUCAAAAUCACUACAAUAACUAUGUAAAUCAUUCAAUGCAAAUGCCAGCGCCUCCGGCUUAUGGCUUACCACCACAAAUUGCACCGCAAAUGAUAGCUUCACCACAGCUGCACACAAUGCCCCAACACUCGUCAGGGUACGUGCCAAACCCCUUUGCUUUUCGCUCAUCGACGCUACCGCCACAAUUCUCCCAGCCUGGGUCUACAACUGCAAAUCAAACACCCGCGGAGCCAGCUCCACCAGGUGCUGAAUAAGUGUUAAUUCGCUGAUAGUUUGGCUUAGUACAUAGCACAUACAAAUUAUGAUAUUUUCUAUAUAUACAUACCUAAUUAGUAAUUAAACAAAACGUAAUAUGUAAAAAACGCA